GCAAGUCUAAAAUUGACUGUGGAAAAACUGUCCAAAAAUACGCUUGGAAUUCAGAACUUCAUCUUUUGCAAAAAGUCGGUUAAACUAUAUGAUCCAGAUUCCAGCAUGACCACGAAAGCAAAGUGACCCAACGGCCUUGAGAGGACAAUGGACAGCUCAAGAUUAUUGAGUGAAUGGAUUGUCUAUGCUUCAAGCAAUCAACUAUUCAGUUGGCAGCAUUGUAUUUAUUGACAUUGGCAUUUGUCAUUUUUGCAAAACAGCAAAACAGCUGGUGAAUCAAAAUAAAAUACAUUCAUGUAAAAAAUACUGUGUAAAAAGGAAAACUUAAAUUAUAAACCAUAAAUUCUUUGCUCUGAGGCUUACAUGAUAGUUUUAAUAACUAAUCAUGGCUACUAUGGUAAAAGAAAAACGUCGGGAGAAAAAGAAAACCAAGAUCAAACAGUUUCCUGAGAUAGAAUCAAAUGUUGAAGAAAACCUGGUAUCUUCCUUGCUGAGUGAUUCGAAGGAAAAAGAUAUUCUUCCUAUAAAUGUUAUUCAGGAAGAAGCUUCAACUAGUUCCAUUACUGAAGAGCAGCCUUCCUCAACAACACACAAUAAACAAGAAACACAAGUUACAACUAGUUCUAUAGAAGAAACAGAAAAACAAGUUGCCUCAAUACUCGAUACAGUUCAAGAAAAUCCUAUUCACUCAAGCUUUCUUAGUCCUGUCCCUGAAUCGAAAGCUGAAGAAAUAACUAGUGAAGUUACUAAAGUAAAAGACAUUAUAACUAAGGAAAAUAAACCUCUUGAACAAGAAAACUCAAUAACUAACGAAUUACAAAACAUUUUAACAGAAGCCAAAAAGAGCUUAAAUGAAAUAAUUUUAGAUGAAUAUUCUGUAACUAAUUAUAAAGCUGACUCAGUGAUGACCAGUGACUUUAAUAAAAUACAAGAAGUAACAUUGGAUAAUUUUGAACUUGAAAUAACUACAUUAGAUUCAAUCAAUUUUCCUAAUUUAGAAAGUCAAGAAGAAAUUGUGCUGAAGGAAGAUUUAAGACCAUCAGCUCCAUUAGCCCAAACAGAAAUGGAAGCUCAACCUUAUAUUAGUAGCAUAACAUGUGAAAAAGUUCUAGAAAGAGCUAGAUUAUCUUGUAUGCCAUUGGAGGAAGCAGUCAGGGUAUUUGGUGGGAAAGAGAUAGCUGAAGUCAAAGCAUUGAGCAAGAAAGAGGAAGCUAUUGUAGAGGCGGGGCCACAGAGUGGGCCUGACCAUCCUUUGGUUGACCUUCUGUCUACUUUUAGAACCUCCCUAAUAGCGAUAGAACGUGAACGCAACCGCAUAAGCUCUGGUUACGUUAAUGAAGAAAAAUCACAAGCUACUCUAUGGGUAGUAGAGAAACGCAAUAUAAAUGUGACACAGCAGUGCCCGUGUGGUUCGCCCGUAAGUCUUAAGCUUGUGUAUGAGGUGGCCAGGCUGCAGACUGAGAAGAUGCCGGCAGCGAAGUUAAGACUGGAGGCUUUGUUGAGGGAUGUGCAGGAGUGCUACUGCCAUCAUCAACAUGCAGCAUUGCAGGCGCAUUAUGAUGUGGAUGAGCUAGUGGCGGAAAUCCUCCAAAGCAAUAAGAGCAGCAUCCGCACGGCGUUGCUGCUGGUGCUGCAAGCGCUGCAGCUCAGCGACGCGGCGCCCGAGGCCUUCGCUGCGGCGCUGCAGCGUUGGGCGAGCAUCCUGGCCUCUUCCUUAUUGGACAACAGGGACUUGGGACAUCUGCUGUUUCUGCUGCAUAGUCUCUUUAGACAAACGCGUUCGGUGCAGUGGGCGGGGCGAGUCAUAGAGCUGCAAGUGUCGGACACGCCGUCUGCGGCGCGCCUCCUCGCGCUGCUGGAGCUGCUGCUCACGAGGCCUUUGCUCGAGGAGGCGCAAGAGUGCACCGAGGAAUGUGAAGCGUGGGAGGAGGUGGACACGCACGGGGAGGGCGGCGCGGUGGGGGAGGGGCGGUUCCGCGAGCGCGACCUGCUGGCGUUGCUCGACGCUUUGCCUCUGCAGGAUAUGCUUGCCAGGAUGCUGCUCUUUUCGAGGACUGAUAUAAUAAAGGAAGAUGAGCAGUCGUGGGGCGACAGGUCGGGCGGACACGGCGUGCUGAAGGCCAGCUGCGGCGUGCGCGUGCUGCUGGGCGUGCUGCAGCGCGCACUGCACGCGCACGCCAGCUACUCGCGCCUGCGCGCUCGCCUGCGACGACUGGCCAGCGCCGCGCUCGCGUCGCUAGCCGCAUUGCAUUUACACUCCAAAUCUGCGUACGCGCAAGAGCUAGAGGAGCGUAUAGCCGCGGAGCUGGAGGCGUGCUUCGUGGCGGGGUUCUCCGUGCUUCAGGAGGAGGCACACUCGCUGCCCGCCACGCUGCUGAGCCACAAUGUUGCCAGAGAUUACUGCCACACCUUGAUCACUGGCUUACAUGAGAGACGUCCGCUGCGCGUAGCAUCACUUGCAAUAGUGCUGGAGCCGCAGGCGUGCGAGCGGCGCGUGCGCACGGCGACGCAGGCCGCGCUCGACAGGGAACUGGACGGCGAGCUCUCGGCCACUGUGCUGGAGUUUCUUUUCCAGGUGGGAAUAAAGCGCAAGUGGGCAGCGUGCGGCGGCUCGUGUGACGUGACGGCGCGCGAGCUGUUGCCGCAGCUGCUCGCUCAGCGUCGGCUGCACUCCACAGCGUUCCACAAGCUGGCCGACCUCAACCAAGUGGAAACGAUAGACCCAUCGCUACUGCAGUCGCUUGCACCCCGCGACUGGCGGCCGUCGCCCGGCGAGGCGUGCGCGCUGCUGGACGAGUGGGCGGCUCGGUGUGCGCCGCUCAUACAGCAUCUCCUGCUUGAAAUGGACUAUACGCCACACACGGGAGUAUCGUUGGAAAGUCAGCUGGCAAUCGGUAGCUGGCUUUGUUCCUGGCUGCGCGCGAAGGGCGAAGCGUCGGAGUGGGCGUGGCAAGUCCUGCGCGCCCUGAGACUGCAUCGCACGCAGUGGGGCUUGCCACUGGAGGCGCCUUCUCCUGAACCGGCUGAGGAUCUGUUGUCCACAGCAUACGCGUUGAUGGCCAGCGAUUGGGGACACUGCUUGCCUCUGGUGUGCGGGCCCGGCGUGGAGGCGCUGUGGCGGCUGGCGCGGGCGCGGCCCGAGGACACGGCGCGCUGUGCGGGGCCGCUCAUGCGAGUCAUGGCCCAGUCGCCCGAAUCCGUCUCUCUCACACCCAAAUUUGCGGAGGUGUUCACCGCGAUACUGAACUCCGGGCCGACGCUGGUGCAGCGCGCGCUGGGGCGCCGCACCGCCACCGGCGCGGAACUGCUGCAGCAGCUGCUGAUGCGACACAUGCAGGACACGCGGAUGUCAGCGCAAGAGCGCAGCGCGCUGCUGUCGGCGUGGCUGCACGCGCUGUGGCGGCCGAGCGUGCCGGCGUGCGCGCGCGCCGCGCUCGACCAAGCCAUGCGCGCGUGCCGGGACUGGCGCACGUUGGACGCGCACGCUGCUCUCUUGUUGCAGGAAGAAAACGCCAAAGAGUACAUAGUCGAUGCAGUCCGAAACGUCUCCGUAGCUCCGUUGCUGUGCGAGUCUAUAGUGCGCAACGCACACGCGCUGGAAGUGCAGACGCAGAUGCACGCGCGGCUGCUGCUGGAGCUGGCCAGGCAGAAGGCUGCCGGCCACAGGAUCCAUGUGGAUAAUGCACUCAAGCAAAUAGGGUCAUCACUAACGGACGACGAGCUGCCAAUCCACCGCUGCGCGUGCGCCGCGCUGUGCGCGCCGCCGCAGCACCCCGCGCACCUGCUGCUGCUGAGGCUGUUCCUGCACAUGUACCUGCAGCGACCGCCCGCUGCGCCGCCAGAUUCGCCACCGGUCGGACCACUGUUCUUCAGCGGCCUGGUCAAGUCCCGUACACUCUCACAACUAAAAAAACGCCUCCAAGAAACUGCCACUUACCACCGCGCCCAAAUAGAAGUACUAAAAUCCACAGAAGGAAAUGUAAUGAGCCCUAGUACCUCCGAAAGUUCUAAGGAGAACAAUUCUAAUCCCACUACUGAAAAUAAUUUGUUUUCAACUUUAGCCAUCUUGGAUUUGACGGGUGACGAUUCGGAAUCGGAUGAGAGUUCGUCUGACAGAGAAUGCGAUAUAAAUGAUGAUAGAGGUGCGAGAGAGGCGAGCGUCGAUCGAGAUACACAUAAUCUUAUAUGUUAUCAUACGGCUGCGGAAAAGGUAGUUCGUGAGUACUGGCUGUGGCUGGAGGAGGGAGCGAGCGUGCGCGCCGCGCCGCACCACGCCGACAUCGCGCGCUUCCUCUCCGAACAGGCGUUGGAAACAGCCUGGCGUGCCUCCCUGAGCAAAGUGUCAUCCGCGCCCAAUACCCCAACGUCCCCCGCGUCCGCACGACCAGACCCAACGACACUCCCACAGUCGCACACCACGCACUGCGAGCGAGCUGUCCGAGCUAUACUGGACGUUAAGAGGAGAAAGAGACGCAGAUACAAAAUCCCAGAUCUACCGAGUAUCAAUGAUGACGCGUACUUCAGAGACGCUCAGCUGGUCGUUAAAACUAUCCAGAAGGAACUGACGGAACUGGAAAAACUCACAAGAGAAUGGAUGUCGGACGUGGACCGCGUGUCAAAGUUGGACGUCCAGCUGUGGGAACUGGUGGGGCGGUUGCGUGCGCGGCGCCCGCUGCCGCCGGUGCAGAGAUCCUGCGCGCAGGGCUGCAAGCCCGUCACCAUACAUGUCGCUAAAGAUGAGUGGUGUAUAUCGAGUGGAGCUGAACAAGGAAUACAAGAAAACAGGCGGCGAGCGCGCGCGGCCAUCCGCCGGCUGUCUCGGCCGCGGCCGCACGACGCGAAGAUCACCUCGAGAGUGCAUUCCUUAGGCAGACGUAUCCGCAGCCAGGCUGCAGCUUUGCGCGUGGCGGAAAUAGCAGCGAAUGCCGCCGCGCGCACGGAGGCGUACGCGCCCGCGCACGAAGCCGUCACUGGACUCGUCGCUGAUGUCGCUGCGAGGUUCAUUUGCUGCGACGCAAAGCUUGCCACGCAGUACCUUAACCGCUGGAGUGCGGGUGCGGGCGGUGCUCAACAGAAACUCUGUCUUAUGCUCAUCAUCCCUUCGCGGCUGGCCGUGGCGGAGUGGCCCGCGCUCUACACGGCCAUACUGGCGCUGAAGUUGCCGCCACAUGUCACCUUUACCUAUAUCUCCAAGUUCGAUCUGUCGGUAUGGGCGGACGCCGUGGAGUCGGAUAAACGCACCGAAGUUCUGGAGGCGCUGGAGAAGGCUGCCCAGCGCCUGGGCCCGCAGCCGGACGACCAGUAUCUCAUGUUGUUAGAGCUACUGGGAGUUCAAUCAUCAUCCGCGGUGCGCAGACCAGAGCUGUGCGCACACAUCCUGCGCUGCGCACACGCGUGCGUGUCGUGUGCGGUGCCGCCGCUAUACCUCAAACAUCUGCCCAGUGUCGUGGACAAAUAUGGCGAUGGACUCGAUUUCGAUCAGCUGGGCCAUUUUCUCCGUCAACUGGGCGUGAUAUUCUGGAAGGCUCGUGCGUCGGAAGCGACGAGCCGCACGCUGUUCGCUGCGUACGCGCCGCACUUCGCCGACACUCUACACGCUCUGCUCAGGGAGUUCGUAGCGGCUGCAGUUGGACGGACUUAUGGACCGGAGAGAGUGGCGGUGUACGCGUGGUCCGGCGUGCGCGAGGCGUGGUCGGCGUGGGUGACGCCGCACGCCAGCGCCCCCCUGCUGCCGUCCACUGCCGACCAGGAGUGCUACACGGAGAUGCUCGCGCGCUUCACACGGACUGUCACGAUGAUCAUGCAGGACUGUCCAGGCAGUGAAGAGGUCCUCCUGCGGCGCGUGUUCGAGUGGACCGUGGACACGUACCUCGGCAUGGAGGCGCGCUGGCCGCAGGAGGGCCGCGUACAGAUGUCCGCGCUGCUAGUGCAUCUCGCCGCGUUGCCAUGGCAACGGCAGUGGUUCCACGUCGAGAUACUGCCGCUGUGCUUGCAGAUGAGCAGAUCAGCGGAACACGAGCUAACGUCCUGGUGCAGCGCAUGCAUGCGGCACCUGGAGACUUAUUCCUGGGUCCAGGGCGCUUCGGACGAGCGGUUGACGUCCACGCUGGCUGAUCUGCUGGAGAUCUUUACCUCCAAGCAGCUGGCUUUGUCCCACGAGACGCUGGAGGGCGCGUGCGCGUUGCCGUGGUGGCGCGUGCCCGAGCUGGCGCUCAACCAUGCGCUGGAGCGGUACUUCGCCGAGCAUCACUCCCCUGCUCUGCCGUACCACCACGCGCCGCAAUUUAGAGUAUUGCUAUUCGCUAACCACCUCAUCGCGCCGGCGGACGUGUGCCCGGCGCGCCACGCGGCGUGCGCGGACAAGCGCGCCAACGCCGUGUCGCAGUGGGUGCGCGCCGCCACCUCGCCCGCGCUGCUCGCGCACGUGUCAGACCACUCCACGUGCCUGCUCAGCACGCUUACGCACUUGGCUCCUCACCUGGAGGAGUCGUGCGGGGAGCUGGAGCAGCUGCUGGGUCGCGGCGUUGUGGUGCUGGGCGUGGAGCCCGCCGCCGCCAUGGCCUUACCGGUGUGGCAAAACUGGGUCUCUACAUGUCCGGCGCGGUUGCGCCACGCGGCGGCUUCGGCCGCGGCCACGCUCACCACGCUCGACUACUUCGCGGCUUUGGGCGAGGCCGUGGCCAAGGCAAUACUCAACGAAAAAGAUAGCGCGGGCUGGUCGGCGGUGUCCGCGCGCUGGGCGCAGUGCCCGUGGUGGGAGGGCGGCGCGUUGGUGUCGCGCGGAGGCUUGCACGCCGCCUACGCGAUGCUGCUCGCGCGCCCGCACUCUUACGCGCACUUGACACAGACGCUCAACGCGCUGCUCAACUAUGACAUCAACUUCGCAAACAACGAGGUGAUGGUAGCGGUGUGGAUCAGCGUGGCGUGUCGCGCGGCGGUGCAGCCGCGCGGGGACGCAGACUGCGCGGACGCGGCGCGCGCGCUGCUGGCGCGCUGGGCCGAGCAGAAGCGCACCUUGCUGCAAGUGGUCACGCUGCACUCCGCCGACAACUGUCCCACGACGCAGCACCGGUUGCUGUGUCGCCUGGCGCUGUGCGUGGUGUCGCCGUCGGAAGCCAACGUCAAGGCGUACGAGUCCGCGUGCAGCGCACUGCUGGGCUCCGCGGACGCGGUGGCGUGGGCGCGCCGCGCGCGCGCGGACAUGCUGCCGCGACUCGCUGUGAAGCUUUACUUACAGCAUGAGGUAUACUUCAAAGAGGAACUGGAUCUAACUGCCAAUUUAGUAUAAUCUGACUGAAAUUGCUACUAUUGUGGAUAAGAGGGCAAAAACCAAAGAUCUGGAUCCAUAGUAUUUAGAUAGAUCAAUAAAUUGUGGACAUCUUGAGCUCUCGAUAAAAAUACGUUUUUAUGUAGGAAUACAUAUUUUUUGUUUGGUAGUCUUUAAAUUAUUGAAUACAAUCAUUAAUUCAAUUGUCUUUAGAUUGCCUGUCUGUGUGAGCUGAACUUUUUUCGCAAUUUUUAUAUAGUGGUAGGAUAUCAUAAGUUUAACCUACUUAAAAUAUUUAUGAUUGUACCUAAGAAAAAAGAUACGGAACGUUCUAGGUUUUUGAAAUUAAAUAAAAGGCGAUUUUAGGUCUAUAUAGGUUUUAUUUUAGUCUAAUUCGAUAAACAAUCAUUAAUAUUGGUGUGACUAGAAGAAUAUUGCUAAAAAGAUAUUUAGCAAGAACUUAUAUUAGUGUAACAUUAUUUUUGUACUGGCCACUUUAUUUACUUAAAUAAAGAAAACGUUGUAAUAGA